AUAUUUAAAAAAAUUUUUUAUUUUUAAAUGACAUAUAUUAAUUUUAAAAAUAAUUUUUUUCCAGUAAAAACAAUAUUCAUUCCUGAUAAAUAUUUCUUAUUCAUUUUUUUUUUUUUAGGGACCACCUUGUGUGACAAUAAUCUUUCCAAAAAUGUUUGGAAGCCUGACUUGUACAAACUUCAACAAGAAGCUCCUCAGCCAUUAAAAAUUGAACCUCAACAGUAUGUCAUACCUAGAUCAGAAUUCUGCGAUAAUGAUUAUCACGGUCCACUUUCUAAUGCAGAAGCAGUAAAAAUGUUAACAAAAGAGGGUCAAUAUUUAGUUAGAAAAAGUUCUAGCAGUUGUGAUAAAUUUUUCACACUGUCAUUGAGGUUUAAUAAUAAAGUUCACAAUUACAAAUUGUUUUACGAGAAAGGUAAUUUUUUCGUAAAAAAGGAAAGACUUUUUCAAACUGUUUACGAUUUGGUCGCUGAUGGAUUGGUUACUUUGUACAUUGAAUUACAUGCUGGAAAGUAUAUAAGUGUUAUGCAUGGAGAGUGCAAUUAUGAAAGUUCCCCACAUUUUACAUUAAACAGAAUGAAAAGAGAGAAAACAGUUCCUCCUGUUGUAGAAAAAGUUAAAAAUUCAUUAAACGAAGAAAUCUGUAAAAAUCAUUCAUUUAAAGUUCAUAAUUUCAAAGGAUUGAAUUGGUGUGAAUUUUGUGGUAAUUUUUUAUGGGGUUUCACUGCUCAAGGAGUUAAAUGUGAAGAUUGUGGAUUCAUAGCUCAUAAUAAAUGCUCAGAAAAAGUUCCUAAAGAUUGCUGUCCAGAUUUAAAACAAAGUAGAGGAGUUUUCGGAAUUGAUUUGGAAACUCUUGCCAAAUCCCACCAAACCCUAAGGCCUUUCGUAAUUGAUAAAUGCAUACAAGAAAUAGAAAGAAGAGGCGUUAAUGUUGAAGGAUUGUAUAGAGUAUCAGGAUUUUCAGAAGAAGUCGAAUCAUUAAAAAUGGCUUUCGAUAAAGAUGGAGAAAAGGCGGAUUUAAGCCCUGCCGUUUAUGACAACAUUCACGUUUUGACCGGUGCUUUAAAAUUGUAUUUAAGAUUAUUGCCAAUACCUCUUGUUACUUAUGAUAUUCAUCCAAUAUUAAUAAAAGCUUUAAAACAAUCUUCGGAAAGUGAAGAAAUAAAAACUAUAAGAAACGCUUUAAAUAUGCUUCCUCCUGCUCAUUAUGAAACAUUAAAGUACCUGAUCAAACAUCUACACAAAGUUGUCGAAAGACACGAGUUUACUAAAAUGACGACUUUAAACAUGGCGACGGUUUUCGCUCCGACAUUAAUGCCGGUACCUGAUCUCAGUAAAGGUAUCCCAUCGGUGGUAAACGAAAUAACCACAUUGGAAAAAUAA